GGCUCGGCGCCUCCCUCGCCGGGCGCUGUGAGUCCGCGGGCCGCAGCUCCCGGGUCAGGCCCGCGACCAUGGCCUCCCUCCGCACCGCCAGCCCCACGGUGAGGAACUACUUCAAGGAGAAUUACAUUCCUCAGGUUUGCGAGGCGCUGUUAUGCGGUCUACUUGUCAUGUGUCCCGAGGAUCCACUGCAAUAUUUAGAGGAAAUGAUCAUAGCUAUAAUGGAAAAUGGUCUGGAAAAUCUUCUUUGGGACAUGUGCAUUGAUCUAUCAAUGAGACCGAAACUCCAAAGAUUAUCCAAAACUUACUUGGAACAACUUUUUGGACUGGAUGAUCAGCUGGUGACUCCAGAAUUGAUGAUAAAAGCAUGUACCUUUCACACUAAAAAUUUAGUGAAGACUCAUUUUUGUACUUGGAGAGACAUAGCAAUACCUCAUGUAAAUGAAGAUGAAAUUCUGGCUGAAAAAAUGGAAAAAGCAAUAACACAUUAUAAUUACAAACUUCAGAAAUCUUCAUUUCAUUACUGGCACUCUCUUGCAGAAAAUCAAAGAAGAAAACUUAAAGAAGUACUAUGGCGGAUACAACAGAUGUUAUAUUGUCACAAACUAAAAGUUGUUCUAACAAACUGGCGGGAUAAAGCAAGAUCCAAGACUAAAAUGAGAGAAGAUGAGCUGAUAUUAAAACAUGAACGGCAAUUGAAAAGAUGGAAAAGUAAAUUAAAAUUCAGAGUCACCACUGAAGAAACCAGUUCGCCUGAACUAAGUUCAUCCGAAAUCUCUUUUGUGGGGGACCUUCCAGAAUGUGACAUUUCGCUGUUACCUGAAAAAGCAAUAUCCCAGAUCUUCCUAUACCUCAGCUUAAGAGAUAUAGUAAUAUGUGGCCAAGUUUGUCAUGCCUGGAUGUUGAUGAUACAAACAAGGUCAUUGUGGAACACUGUCAUUAGCAGGGAGUUGGACCAGAAGUGGAGCAGCCGGGAUGUGAACUGGUGCCCAUAUGGGAAGCUGAUGCUGGCUUCACUUACUAUGCUGCGAUGCCCCGCCCAGCGUUCUGUUGUGUGGAAGCCCUCAGUGUAUUUCAUGUCUUCUGUUGGAGGGCAGAUUGAUUUUUCCAUGGUGAAAAAUAUAAUUGCUGAUAAAGAUAUCGUGACUACACUGCACAGGUGGCGUCUAAAUGUGCUGCGUUUGAAUUUCCGUGGUUGCAUUCUCCGACCAAGAACUUUGAGAUCUAUUGGCCACUGUAGAAACUUGCAGGAGCUGAACGUCUCUGACUGCUCAACACUCACAGACGAGCUGAUGAGGUACAUUUCUGAGGGCUGCCCUGGGGUCCUGUACCUCAAUCUGUCGAACACAACCAUCACCAAUAGGACCAUGCGACUCCUGCCAAGGCACUUCUACAACCUACAGAACCUCAGCCUGGCUUACUGCCGCAAGUUCACAGACAAAGGAUUACAGUACCUGAGUUUAGGGAAUGGAUGCCACAAGCUCAUCUGUCUGGACCUGUCCGGCUGCACGCAGAUUUCCGUUCAAGGCUUCAAGAACAUUGCAAACAGCUGCAGUGGAAUCAUGCACCUGACCAUCAAUGACAUGCCAACCCUGACGGACAACUGCGUAAAAGCUUUGGUUGAGAAGUGCCCGUCCAUCACCUCAGUCACCUUCAUAGGUUCGCCACAUAUUUCUGAUUGUGCCUUCAAAGCCCUCACUGCCUGCAACCUCAGAAAGAUCCGAUUUGAAGGAAAUAAAAGGAUUACUGAUGCAUGCUUCAAGUUUAUAGACAAGAAUUAUCCAAAUAUCAAUCACAUUUACAUGUCAGACUGCAAGGGAAUAACAGAUAGUAGCCUCAAAUCACUUGCAACCUUGAAGCAACUCACUGUGUUGAAUUUGGCAAAUUGUGGAAGGAUCGGUGAUAUGGGAAUCAAACAUUUUCUUGACGGUCCUGUGAGCCAAAGGUUAAGAGAGCUAAAUUUAAGCAACUGUGUGCACCUGGGGGAUGACUCGGUCCUGAGACUCUCAGAGCGCUGCCCUAACUUAAACUACUUGAGUCUGCGGAAUUGCGAACACCUGACUGAUCAAGGCAUUGAAAACAUCGUAAACAUCCUUUCCUUGGUAUCCGUAGAUCUCUCUGGAACAAUCAUCUCUAAUGAGGGUUUGAUGGUACUUUCCAGACACAAAAAACUGAAGGAACUUUCUCUAUCUGACUGUGGUAAAAUCACAGAUGUUGGAAUUCAGAAUUCAAGAUGUGGGAGUAUCUGAGAACUCAAUCUCCAUGAAACCUGGAACAAUUAAGAGCUUUGCUACAAAAAUCUGUGUGCGAGGUGGCUGUCCAGGCUAAGAAUGGCCUUCAAAAAGCUAGGACAGAACAACGUGGCCCAGGAGACCCGGAGCACCUGGAACCAGCUGGGAAUCACAGAGGAACUCCUGCCAAGAUACUUAGACCCUGUUCUUCAAAGACUGAGCAAAAGAAACAAGCUCAGUAUUCUCUGUUCCCGCUGACAUCAGUGUGUUUCCAAUUGUGGAGGCAGCACAACAGAGUUAGAAAUUUGCCAGACUUCAAAGGAUGUGGGAUUUGACAGCUUGUCAGUUUCCCAUAGUCUGCAAGGUUCCCCCGAAGACUGGAGAGCCCUGGGUACCGUGUUGUCUUGGCUGAGAAGCAGCUGAAGCUGGGAACACCCCCACACCAACACUGGCUCCUGGCCCAAUUCCCGCCAGGGAGAACCACUCCCGGACAACUGAAGUUCUGCUGAGCUUGCUAAAGGGGUGUGCACGUCUGUUAUUCUCAUGUCGAGCACCCACAGAGCAGAGCUUAUCAGAGACCUCGUUAAAAGGAAGAUAAUCCACAGGAGGCUGCUCCCACACCUUUGGCUGCCCCUGGAACAUUAGUGUAGCCCUAUGAAAGAUGAAAUUUGCCAAAAGUUAACCAAAGCCUGUCAGAUUGGAUAAAAAGGCAGGGAAAAUAAACAUCAGAAUCCCUCUUUCCAACUCUUAGCUUGAAUCUCUGUUUCUUUAGCUUCUUACACCAAAUAGGCCGAUUUGGGUUUGAUCCUCUUUCUGGGUGACACGCCCAGGCUUUGCUCAUUGUGCCUCACCCAACGUGGCCAGGGUGCCU